AUGGCAUCCGACGAAUCUAUCCCUACUCUCAAAAUUCUCCUGAUAGGUCCAUCGGGAGCCGGCAAAUCAGCAUUACUCAUAAGAUACUGCGAUGAUCAGUUUGAUUCGGAGAGUAGUACUGCUACUAUUGGGGUUGAUUUCAAGUUGAAAACCCUCUCCAUCCACGGCUCCCCCUAUCGCCUCAACCUCCUUGAUACCGCCGGCCAAGAACGCUUCCGCACGCUCUCCAAUUCCUACUACCGGGGCGCGCACGCGGUGAUACUCGUCUAUGAUGUGACGAAUCGGGAGAGUUUCAAUAGUAUGGGGAGGUGGAUUGAGGAGGCGGAGGGGAAUGCGGUGGAGGGGUGUGUUUUUUGGGUCGUGGGCACAAAGUGUGAUUUGGGCAGGGGAAAGAGGAUGGUGAGUGUGGAGGAGGGGAGACAGUUGGCGGAUGGGUGGAGGGAGAGUAGAAUUAAUGUUUGUGGGUGGGGAGAGUGUAGUAGUAAGACGAGGGAGGGCGUCAAGGCGGUUUUUGAGGGUGUGGUGAGGGAGGUGGUUAAGAGGCCGGAGUUGCUGAAGGGUGGGCAGAGGAAGUCCGGGGGUGUGAGUUCUUCUUCUUCUACUUUUACUUCUGGUUGUUUGGGAGAUGGGUCACGAUCGGGGCAGGAAACAUUACCUCUUCCUCAGGAUGCGCUUGCUAGACUCCAGAGUCUUACCGGAAGUUGA